AUGAAAUAUAAGAGGGAGUGGCACCAUCAUCAGAGGAGUGCAUUAUGGGCCGACCGCAUAACACCCAAGCAGAUUCUCAAGAGUUCCCCAUACAAGCUAGUAUACGGGAAAGAUGCAUUUUUUCCUCUAUCUCUGGAAAUCCCGGCAUUACAGUUGCUAAAAUCUAUGGAUAUUGCUGAAAAUGGCCCGAUGGCUGUAAGGCUAGCAGAGAUUAUGGAGUUAGAGGAAGCAAGGGAAGCCACCUUCAUAGCUCUCCAGGAUAAGCAAAAGGUCAUAAAAAGAUGGUUCGAUAGUAAAAAGAGUUCUGAUGUUAUAUUCGCCCUUGGAGACCUGGUUCUAAAGUACAGUGAGAGAACGACAAAGCGAGGUCAGUACACCAAGUUCGACUGCCUAUGGUAG